AGCUUUUGACAGCCAACACUUUUCAAAGCUCAAAAUUUUUUUAUCAACAAAAAAAAUUAUUUUUUUAGCACGAAACUUUUUUUUUGAGGCUUAGAGACAAAGUUCGAUAUUUAUUUGGUAACUAGUGAUUUAAUUUUUAUUCAUCAAGUGAACCGCGGAACUCAAAAAAUUCAUCAUUGAUACCCUUGCUCUGUGCGAGAUGACGAUGGACGUGAGCAAAAGUGAACCCAACAAAAGCGGAUCAACUCCGCAAGAAUGCGCUGGGUGUGGCAAAGCCAUUACCGAAAGAUACCUAUUAAAAGCAUUGGAUAUGUUUUGGCAUGAAGAUUGUUUAAAAUGCGGGUGUUGUGACUGCAGACUCGGCGAAGUGGGUUCAACCCUCUACACAAAAGCCAACUUGAUCCUCUGCAAGCGCGAUUAUCUCAGACUGUUUGGUAACACUGGAUAUUGUUCAGCGUGUUCGAAAGUUAUACCAGCUUUUGAAAUGGUUAUGAGAGCUAGAACAAAUGUUUAUCAUCUUGAAUGUUUUGCUUGUCAGCAGUGUAAUCAUAGAUUCUGCGUAGGUGACCGUUUUUAUUUGUGUGAAAAUAAAAUUCUGUGUGAGUACGACUACGAGGAGAGACUGGUGUUCGCAAACAUGGCCUUACAUCCACCGCCAACGGCGACAUUGGCGCACAUCAAGCGCCAGGUAACGCAUCUCCAGCCUCAGGCUUUGGCACAAGGCAAUACGAGGCAGACAAACGGAGACGCUGGCCAUAACCACAAUGGGUAUCAAGCUCCCGCGACCUCGGCAGCUCAUAACGCUCUAAAUCCCAUGAAUAAUUUAAAUGGCAUCAACGCACAGGCUACAUACGACACCAAAUGACAAACAAAGUAAAAUAGAAGCUUACUAAAAUCGAAUCACAACUACCCAAACAAUAAUAACAACCAACACGUAAGAACAAGAAGAAAACGGAACAUCCGUAUGCUGCCAAAUAAUAAAUCUUGUUUUAUUGCUGAUUCGAUUUUCAUUCCCCCAUAAAUAAUAAACAAAUAAAAGUAUAAAAAAUCGUAGACUUUAAUUAUUUGCUGAAAAAUGUGAUCGCAGGUAUGGAAAUUAUAAUUAAUUUGUAAAAAAAAUCAGUCAGUGUGAUAAAUUUUGUUAUCAAUUAAUUUAAACUAUCGAAUUCGGUGCUUAUUAGUUAAUAAAUUACGUGUAAGAUUUAAGAUGAAAAUUUUUAUAAAAAAAUUAAAAAUGGCGGAAACUGUCGAUUAUUAAAUGAAUGAUAGUUUUAGUUGCUCUGAAGCUCGAGUAGAGUUUUCCAAACAAAGUAUAACGCGGAAUACCGUAGGUGUGUGACUAAGGGGGUUAAAUUCGUAGAGAUAGAUCGAAAUCGGCCGACACGGUCGCCGGGCACCCCCGGGGGUGUAAUACGUUAAGGGUGACUUAGCGUCGUUUCAACUUUGAAUCUCCGAGGCCAGAUUGAUGCGGCCAACUUUUACGUUGCCUUAUUUGCGAGUCAGAUAACGAGGCUGAGUUAUGCCCAAACUUUUCUCGAGGGCUGCUCCUAUAUAUACGUUACAAAAAUAACUGAAACAAAAACUAAAACGAAAACGAAAGCAAAAGCAAAAGCAAAAGCACAGAAGCCAAGAGAAUGAAAGAGAGCUGGGGUGGAUGGGAUGCACAAGUUGAAUGCUUUAUUUAUCAGUGUUAUACAUCGAUAACAUAUUCAAAGAUUCAACGUACACCAUCUACAUCCGUACCUGCGACUUAUGCUUCCAUUACGCUGUUACAAUUUAUAUGUAAAAUACUGAUAACAGAUGACUAAUCAUUUCCAUUUGUUGGAUAGUAUAAUUAUUAUACAAAAAUUAAUCAUCGUAGUUUAUAAAUUACUUAAAUUAUUAAUAAUUAUAAUUAUUAAAAUGUAGCUAACGAUUUAUGUUUGUUGACGAGCAUGUUUUUUGUAUUAUAGUCUAUUGUAAUAAACAGAAGGUCGAAAAUUA